AUGAGUAGCGGCUUCAAAAAACUAGGCUCCCAGUCAGAGCGGUCUCGCUGGCCUGCUCUGAUGGCAAAGAUGAGCUCCGCAGAUAUUAGUAAACAUGAUGUCAAGCUGCUCACUUUGAAGCAAAAGAUCGACCGCUGGAUGGUCAACGAAGGUUACCGACGAAUUUUUGUCGGGCUGUUCAUAUUGCUACACAUGCUGGUGUUUGGGUUUGGUUUUAUUCACUAUACCCUGAAGGACACUCUCGUUGGGGCUCGAGAGGUGUUUGGAAUUACAUUACCUAUAGCUCGAGCUUCUGCGUUGGUGUUGCAUGUAGAUGUAGCCCUGAUCUUAUUGCCCGUUUGCCGUAAUCUUAUCUCUAUGGCUAGACAAACCGCCCUUAACGGGAUUAUUCAAUUUGAUAAGAAUAUCACUUUUCACAAGAUGACCGCGUGGUCUAUCGUUUUCUUCUCAUGGCUUCACACAAUUGCCCAUUGGAACAACUUUGCCCAACUGGCAAUAAAGAAUAAUCUCGGGUUUGUAGGAUGGCUACAAGCUAAUUUUGUUUCGGGUCCUGGCUGGACUGGAUACAUCAUGCUUAUUUCCUUGAUGAUUAUGGCUGUCACGGCGAUGGAGAAGCCCCGUAGGGCCAAUUUCGAGAGAUUCUGGUACUCCCACCAUCUCUUUAUGAUUUUCUUUUUUUUCUGGUCAUUCCAUGGUGCCUUUUGCAUGAUCAAGCCUGAUCGUCCUCCUUUCUGUGAUGGUAUUGGUGUUUUCUGGAAGUUCUGGAUGGUUGGUGGUCUCCUUUACCUUGGAGAAAGGACCAUGCGUGAGAUCCGUGGUAAACACAAGACAUACAUCAGCAAGGUCAUCGAGCAUCCUAGCAAUGUCGUUGAGAUCCAGAUCAAGAAGGAUCGCACUGUCACCAAAGCCGGACAAUACAUUUUUCUUUGCUGCCCAGAAGUAUCAAUCUAUCAGUACCACCCUUUCACACUAACUAGUGCUCCGGAGGAGGACUACAUCUCUGUCCACGUCCGUAUGGUUGGAGACUUCACUAAACAACUUGGUAAAACCUUGGGCUGUAAUAUUGAUAAAAAGGCUCCCGGCGGCGCUGACGCCAAGGCCGAAAAAUCGAAGCGCAGAGAGUCGAGAGUUAUUGGUGUGGAUAAGAAUACCAAGGAGGAUGUUGAUCCGGCCAUUCGCAGGGUUUUGCCCCGAGUCUACAUCGAUGGGCCUUUUGGGUCCGCUUCUGAGGACGUUUUUAAAUACGAAGUCUCUGUUCUUGUUGGUGCAGGUAUUGGUGUUACUCCUUUUGCAUCAAUCCUGAAGAGUAUCUGGUACAGGAGCAACUACCCGCAGAAGAAAACAAGACUUCACAAGGUUUAUUUCUUCUGGAUCUGUCGUGACUUUGGAUCUUUCGAGUGGUUCCGCUCUUUACUUUUGGCCAUUGAGGCUCAGGAUAUUGGCCAUCUUAUCGAAAUCCACACAUACCUAACAGCAAAGAUCAAACCUGAUGACGCUACAAACAUCAUGAUUAACGAUGCCAACGCCGAAAAAGAUGCCAUCACAGGUCUAAGAGCUCCUACAAACUUUGGUAGACCGAACUGGGACACCGUAUUUAAAAGUAUCCGUGCUAUGCACACACCUGCAGAUGUUGGAGUUUUCUUCUGUGGACCCAAACCCCUUGGUUCAGCACUCCACGUUAAGUGCAAUCAAUACUCCGAGCCAGGUUUCUCCUUCGUUUGGGGAAAAGAAAACUUCUAA